CAGUCUUAAAUCAUGCCCACAGCUUGGCAAAUCUGCUUGAACUUAGAGGUAGUGCAGGCCAUCACACUAUUUCUUGUAAAGUUUAACAUUUUAUGCCCAUGAUUAAUGAAACUCAAUCUUUUUCUCAUUUAAGAUGUGGGAUUUUGUGCAGCAGACCUGACAUCCAGGUGUGAUCCCAGGCAGAAGGGGGUCCAAUGGCCACUGCAAAUUAUGACCCCCACUUGGGCGAAGGCCCAUCUGGGGACUCAGAGAUCCUCCUUGAUGAUUCUGACUCAGGGAGCGUCCUUUCUGAUGACUCAGUCCUUCCUGAAUAUGAAACGGAUGAAAAGUAUACAGAGCCACCCAAAACGUUGUAUGAGGCCUGUGCCAGAAAUGCCAGCGUAUCCCUCCGCCGGAUCCUGGAGAGAGGAGUAACAAAGGAAGAGGCCAUGGAGCUGGACAUCAACGGAAGGAAUGGUCUGAUGCUGGCUGUAAGCAAGGGCUUUAUAGACAUUGUCACGAUGCUGCACACGUGUCCAUUCAUAGACAUCAACCACCAAGACAAUGAUGGCAACACUGCUCUAAUGAUAGCUGCCCAGGCAGGCUUCAUCACCAUUCUGAACUACAUCCUCAACUUCUUCUCGGGUGUGGACACUGAGGUCAGAGACCCUCGUGGCUUCACAGCCCUCAUCAAGGCAGGCCUGCAAGGCCGAGAAGAGUGUGUGUCCGCCCUGCUUAUGCAUGGUGCAGAUAUGAAUGCAAUGGACCUGGUCCAAGGGAGAGGUCUGAAGGAUUGGGUUCUUAGGACAGGAAGGUUCGAGACUCUUUUGCGACUACGGCGCCUGCAGGCUCACCCUGUUGCUGAGCAGUUCUGUGAAAGCUACAUUCCAGAGUGGCCCGAGCUGAAGCAACUUGUAGCAAAGGCCACAGGCAGCAAAUCAGCCAGUCAGAAGCUGAGGCAGCGCAUUAAAGACAGCCUUACUUUUAACUUCCCACAUGACCCAGAGGACAACGGGGUGUUGGACCACAUGGUUCGGAUGACUACCAGCAUCCACAGCCCCCUUGUAGCAACAGGCUGCCGACCCCUCUGUCCCUCCAGCCCCCCAGAGAUCGGCAAGCGUCGGUAUGCCAUCCCUGAACUACUUGAAAAGCACAGCAUUAAGGAGUUAGAGGAGAGCACAGUAUCUCACAGUAAAGGCUUCUUCAUCUCUGCUUCUCCCACUGCUGUGUCAGCCACAUCUGUGUCUCUGACCUCCUGCUGCCAGGACUCAGAGCGAAGGGAGAGCAUGCCAUCAGGAGGCAUGAGGAGCUACAUUCCUCGCAACGUGGUACACAGAAACAGCAUCUUCCCCUCGGGCUGUGUUCCCAAGAUUGAGGUGACAAAAUCUGGAGAGCCCACUCCAAAGAAAGAGAAAAAGAAGAAGAGGCAGAGGGGCUACCUGGAGCCUCCAGUGUGGAAGUACAAGGAAGCCAAGGAGGAGAAGAAGAGGGAGAAAAAGCAACAACAGGAAAAGGAAAAAGAAAAAGAAGAUAAAAAAAUGAAAGGGUCCAAACGUUCAAAAUAAGGAAUUAAGGGAAUUUCACUGUGAAAAUUUCAAGCAUGAGUGAUGACAUGUGUGUCACCAUGACACAAGUUUAAAAGACGGAAAAGGAACUGCAAAGGUUUGGAAAUGUGCAGUUGACAGAUUAAACCCACUGAUGGUUUUGAACUUUGGUUUGGGCUGAACAUGACUAGUUGUGAUUUAUUUCAGCUUUGAAAGCUGAACAUUUCUAUGGUGCACUGUGACAUGUCAUAUGCAGACAUUACAAACACUGACUGUUGACUUCUACACAAAUAUUUAUUUUGGGAAAAAAACUCAAUAUUUAUGAGGAACACUGUGAAUGUUUUCUAAGUAGGGUGCCAUCUUAUUAAUAAGCAAUAGCAAAUACUGUGUAUUUUAGUUAGUUAAACGGAGUUGAAUGGAGGGAAUGACAUAAACAUAUUAAACUCUGAUUUGUUCCUCUACAGCAAAUGCUUAAGAGAAAAUGGCUGCUAACCAACUGUUAUAAGUCUCAGUGUCAGUCUUCAAUGGGAGUACCUCAUUAAACAAAGUGUUGUAUAAAUUGGAUUGAGGAAGUAAUGGGGGAUUGUAUGCUUGCAGUCUCUUGCAUACCCACCAGUUGAAGGCAAACGCACAUUAUCAAGAAUGCAUUUUUUUGUUUAGCUAAUAACAAUAUAUUGGUAUAAAAAAUGUCUGAGGGUAUAGUGCCGGCUGCAGUCCAGAGUUGAGAUCAUUUAUUGCAAAUCCAAAAACUCUUUUGAGCUAAUUAUAUAAGUUGUUUCGUUUCACUUUUUAAAACUCUAAUUCAGCAAUGGUUUGUUCCAUUAUACAGUUCGGCCAUUCAGUUGUUCUCACAAAUUCAGAAACAGGAAGUGAAACAAGGCUAUGAAACACAUCUUAAGUUAUGACCAAAACUGCCAAGCAAGUAGACAGAUCCUACAAUCCCUCAAAAACUAAGAGCUGAGCAAAGUAGAGGCUACCUUUGAGCUUAAAACUCUGAACUGAGACUCAAAAUAAUACGUCUUUGAUUUUUUUUUUUUUUAAAAGACAGAAAUCCAUUACCUUAUUGAGUUUUGUAAAACACUUUUCAUUUUCAUUGUCCUAUAAAUGUUAACCAAUCCUCACUAAUGAAAAUUUAUCAGCCUAUUCUGUCUCUUUAAAGGAUUGUAAUGCUCCAUUCUGUUUUGCCGGGUCAUGUGAAUGGUAACCGUAAAGAUCCAGAAAAAAAGGGACUGAGUCUUACCCUCAAACAUUUUGUCUGAUAAUGAUAGACCAAUCACAAGUCAUCAGUCUACUGGUGCUAAAGGUUCUAUGUUUGAUGAGCUGUUUUAUGAUUACCAGAGUUGCUGUUGUAUUGUUAUUUUUAAACAACAGCAGAUUUACUUUCUGCAGAGCAGUCCAUGCACAUCAAAGAAAUGAUUUACCCAUCAUGUUACUCAGGAAGUCUUUUGUAAAAAAAAAAGUUGGUUAUACUGUAUACAUAACACAUAUUUCAGGGCAAGGCUAAAACUGGAAUAAAUACUUUAAUAUGUAUGUUACUGUCUUAACUAAGAAAAACAUAUGUUUAGAUACUUUGUAUUUAAAAGGAUUAUUUCACAGUGAAAGCAGGACACUCAGCAUGCUCAGGUCUUUUACAUCUUAACUGUGAGAAAAUGUGUUUAUAUAAAAUCUUUUGU